CCGGUAUAUCACUUCGGCCUAGGUCCAGGGCGGGGGGUUCAUUCAUUCAGUUGUUCGUUCAUUCAUUGAGCCGAAAUGGGACCUUCACUCUGCUGCUGCUUCGUGUGUGUCCAUCUCCUCUCUCUCUCUCUCUCUCUCUCACCAUCUCCGCACGUGCCCUCUGCACGUGCAUCACAUGGAGGAAGUUGUUGGAGGCACCGCCACCCAAGCAGACCCCGAUAUCGGCGAACCGGAGAAAGUUUACGGGAAACCUAGGGAAGAGGAGCCGACGGACAAGGUCACCGUUGCCAGGAAAAAGUUUAGAUAUCAAAUCCCGAUCCUCACCAUGCCAGAGAUCGACGACACCCUUAGCAAAUUACUAGGAACCAUGGUAUCAGUAUCCUUUCAGACCAUGUUGCAAGCGAGCCCCAGACUGCUCAAAAGGCUCAGACAACUAUUGACUCGCCGACGAGUGGAGAUCGAUGAAAAUCUGGAAUUACAGGAGAAGGAAAAAGAGGAGGAAGCUCCGCAAGAAGUAGCUAAUCUUCAAAGGAGCCCUGGGGAUUUGGAAGACCUAGAAAAGGAUUUUGCGGAUAUCCGUUCGAGCUUGCUAGACCGAGAAGGCGGGGAAGUCAUGAGGGCCCCACCAGGGACGAAGCUUAGUUUCCAUGCGCUGCCCGUAGGGAAGUUAAAGGUACAGAUCGGGACACAUCACACAGACGCUCUAGUAGACGAAGGCGCGAAAAUCACACUCAUAAGGAAAGAUUUCACAACAAUUACCGGUUGUGUGGUUAACAAAGAAGUAAUGGGGAGCAUCCGAGGGGCUGGUGGCGAGAUCCCGUUUUCAGGGACCUUAAAGAACACAAUUGUGAAGCUCGCGGCGGACAAUCUGGGGAGUUGGCCUAGGUAUCUUAAGCAGGCUGUCUUCUCGGCGAACAUGACACCUAAGAGGACAACGGGAUGUAUCCCAACGGAAAUCUGGUACGGAAGAGGGAUCGAUUUUCCCAUGGAAGCCUUGAUACCUACCUGGAAUAGCGUAGAUGACGAUCCGCGUAUGACCGCGGAAGAAUUAAUUGAGGCGCGAUGUCAACGAGUCCUUAGAAACAAGGAGGCCAUGGAAGACAUUGCCAACCGGGUACUAGACAGCAAGAUGAGGGACAAAACAAGGUGGGACCAGGUUGAGAAUAUCCGAAAGGAGCCACUUCAGGUGGGGGAGACGGUAUUGGAGGUCAUAAAGAUUAGCAGUGGCGAUGAGAGGGAUGAGAUCUCAAGGCCCAGAGAAGAGAAACGACCCCCUGUGAACCAGCAGCGCGAAGGAUCCUCCGGAUGGGAAGAUGAGUUUGGGCCAACGCCCAGUCAUUGGUUUGAGCAAUGGAUCAGUGUAGUCAAGCACGGCUGGAUUAUCAAGGUCAGGCAACUCGUGGAGGUGGGAGUGGCAGCCACGCCUUUGGACUUUUACAGUGAGAUGGAAUUGCGAGAAAUUGCGCAGAGAAAGAGAGAAAUCCUGGCCUCCGGCCUGGGAGUUAAAAAGUCAGUAGAAAGACAGGAUGGGCAAGGGGCCAAGCAAGAUGGGACACAUGACAGCAAGAGGGACUAGAGGUUAUGAGCAUUGAACAAAAAUUGUGCUUUUCUUUUGCAGCAUUGGAAUGAUAAAAUUUGGAUAGUAUG